GCGGAAAUGGAGACAAGAUAGCUCCACUGGAGGAAGUUCCUCAGCACCUCCCAAAAGCAGUUUAUGGAUAAUACCCCCAAUCGCGAUAGAUCUGGCUCGGUUACCUGGAUUGAGAUAGCACCUGUCGGAGGUUGGAGUAUGUGUGGCGCAGGAGAGCUUGUGGUGGCCAAACUAACGAAGCGGAGGAUGCCAUAGUGGCGGAAUCAGUUGGUGUAGCCAGGGUGGUUUUGAUGGAGUUGGACGGAAGCUACAAGUCAGGGGUAAUAAUACUUCUAUGUAUAAUCCAUCCGGAAAUAAUCAAGGGUUGAAAUGCCUCAUUGAAGUAGCGCAGGCAGGCGUACUCUAAUUUUCAAUCGCUUAUUUGUGGUUUUGAUAAGCCGUUUGUUCUAUACUUGGAAAAACCCAAGGUGUAAUGGCAAACUACCGCCUGGUUCAAUGGGCUUGCCCAUUAUUGGAGAGACUAUCCAAUUCUUCUCUCCCCAUAGGCUUUACGAUGUUCCCCCCUUCAUGAAACACAGGAUGGCAAGGUAUGGGUCAUUGUUUCGAACAAGUCUGGUUGGGCAGAAAAUAGUUGUUUCAACUGAUCCUGAAAUCAACUAUGAUCUCUUUCAGCAAGAAAAUAAGUCUGUCAUACUUCACUACAUUGAGAGUUUUAUUGCAGUUCUUGGACAGCAGAGCUUGUUAAACCAGCAUGGAGUAGUUCACAAGUACCUAAGGAACUUGAUUCCACGCCUUGUCGGCCCGGCAAACCUUAAAGAAGAAUUGCUUAAUGACAUAAACAAUCACACUCUCAAACAUCUGCGUUCAUGGGCUAUUUCUGGCAUCGUUGACUUUAAAGAAGCUGCCUCAGAUAUGAUAUUUGAAUAUUUUGCUGAGAAGAUGAUGAGUUACGAUGAAUCCAAGAACCCCAGGAAACUGAAGGAGAAUUACAAUGCUUUUAUUCAUGGGCUUCUGGCAUUUCCUUUAAACAUCCCGGGAACUGCUUUUAGUGCUUGUUUAAAGGGACGUAAAAAUGUAACAAAGGUGAUUAAGGAUACCCUAAAAGAGAGGAGAUCUAGAGUGUCAAAGUCAACUCACCAUGAUUUCUUGGAUGAUUUACUUGAAGAAAUUGAAAAUGAAGACGCUAUGAUGAAUGAAACAAUUGCAGAGGAGCUGGUUUUCAUGCUUCUCUUUGCCAGUCAUGAAACCACUUCUACAUCCCUAACAUUUUUAGUGAAGUUUAUCUCUAAUAACCCCAAAGUGCUAUCAGAAUUAACGGAAGAACAUGAGGCGAUUCUUAGAAAUCGGGAUAAUAGUGGGGAGUACUUUGAGACGAUUACAUGGGAUGAAUAUAAAUCUAUGACUUUUACGCAUAUGGUUGUGAAUGAAACAGUUAGACUGGCAAACAUUGUUCCUGUGAUUUUCCGAAAAGCAGUGAAGGAUAUCAAGAUUAAUGAGUAUACAAUACCGGCAGGAUGGCUAAUCAUGGUGGUUCCAUCGGUAGCUCACCUGGAUGAGAACAACUAUGAGGACCCCUGUGUGUUUAAUCCAUGGCGAUGGGAGGGAAAAGAAUUGCAUUUGGGGUCUAAGAGUUUCAUGGCAUUUGGUGGAGGUUCGAGGCUAUGCGCAGGAGCGGACGUCACAAAACUUUACCUCGUCAUAUUUGUCCAUCACUUUGUCACCAAAUACAGGUGGUCAAUAAUCAAGGGAGGGGACGUUGUUCGAAAGCCUGGAGUGGUAUUUCCGGAUGGAUUACACAUACAAGUCUCAGAAAAGCACCAAGUCAUAGAAAGAUUCAGAGAGAAAAUAUGAGAAAAAAAGUCAAGAGUUGUGGAAGUAUUUGAAUAAUGUUGAUUGUCGAGGAUCAUCCUAUCAAGAUGUGGGGUAAUAAUAAUCCCUAUUAUGUAGGGAUGUUUGUUUUCGUUUUUGACAUGUUCUCAAGCACUUUACCACAUCAUUAGUUACUGUAAAACGUGAGCUGUAUUUUUGCUUUCCAGUUAGAGUUGUAAGGUUAUAUAUUAGCCACAGUUGUUCUUAAUCAAAUAAGUCAUUCUCCCA